AUGGUAUCCGUUGCCAAACUCCUGAACCCGGAGCCCCCGCGGGCUCCGCUUCCGGCAUCUCGCCCGUCUUCGGUGUCGUCGGCCCAACACGCUGGAGGUUACCGAAGCGAGCAGACUUCAAUAAGCAACCACUCGAUCGGAGCGCUGAGGAUGCUCGAGAGUGCCAGUUCCAACGCCAACGCCGCUGCCCGACCCAAGGCUAAAGUCACUGUCAACUUUCCUCCUUUUGAAGACCUUGAUGAGGCGUCAGUUCGGGAAGUGCAGAGGUUUCAGGUCCAUCCUCUCGGCUCCAUCCAGGAGACCAGUGAACGGAUACCCUAUAACAGCGGCAAAAAGGACUUCUUCUCGAAAACUGGCAGAGAGGGAUUUGAAGUCUUUAGCUACAGCUUCAAGGUGCCCGGAAACGAUACCAACUACACGGUGAUGUGGGACUACAAUGUUGGUUUGGUCCGGAUGACGUCCUUCUUCAAAUGCCGUGGCUAUAGCAAGACCACGCCUGCGAAGAUGCUGAACAUGAACGCUGGUCUCAAAGACAUCACCUACAGUAUAACGGGGGGUUCCAUCAAAGCCCAAGGCUACUGGAUGCCGUACACCUGUGCCAGAGCCAUCUGCGCGACAUUCUGCCACAAGAUCGCCGGUGCUCUUAUCCCGCUCUUCGGCCCUCGGUUCCCCUUCGAGUGCAUUCCCGAAAACGCACUCGGACACGGACACAUGAUGAUAAGUAAGGAAAUCGUCGAGCGGGCAAAAUGCGAUGCUACCAUGCAGUUUCGACCAGCUCCAGCUCUCCCCAGUCCCCGGCUCUCCCGCAGCGCCAGCCCCUUGAUUUCCCAGCGCUCGACCCGGACCCGCGACCCGUACGAUUGCCCCUUAGACCACCACCAAGGCCGGCGGUACUUCCCCGGCUCCUACACAGAUCACGAUGCCGAAUACCGCUCGGUGUCAUCCGAUCACUACAACAACCGCCGCCCUUUCCCACCCAUACCACCUCUACGAAUCCCCACCUCGCGACCGCUCCCAGGACCACCAUCAUCGGUCCCAACACCGCAACAGUCCCCAGGGUGGACACCGGUAAACCGACCACCUGCUCCCCAGUUCCAUCCCCCACACCCACAUCGGCAUCGCACUACCCUCUCCCAGCACGGAGGAGGAGGAGGAGACCUCCACGGCGGAGGCAGCAUGAGCAUGACUUCGUCGUCACCAGCGGCUAACCCGUGGCUCUCGGUCAUUCCGAGAUCGCCGCCGACUGUGGGCGGCCACAGGCGCGGGGAGGACAAUACGCACAGAUGGGGUCCGUAUCACCCUCGUUCUCACUACCGCCAUCGCUCUGACGACCAGUAUUAUUGGUAUUAUUCACCGCCGCUGACACAUUCGGGAUGGCUUUCGAAGGAUCAGGAUGUGAGACUUGCUCCUUUAAGACUAGGGAAUAUCCAGAGCAAUGCCGGUCCCAACAACAGCAACAGCAGCAGCAGCAGCAGCAGCAGCAGCAGCAGCAGCAGCUACUUUGGUGGGAACCACCACCCCAGCCAGCACAACCACCCCAGCAACAACAAUAACAACUCCCACAACAACAACAACAAACGCCGCUUCAGCAAAGUCGAUGGCAGCACUGUUACAGAACGCAGCACCCACCCCAGUAACCCCAGCAACACAAGUAAAAGCCCCGAAGACACAGACCUCGACGACGAUGACGAAGAAGAAGAAGAAGAGGCCUACGACGCCAGCGACAGCCGCGCAGGCAGCGACAGCCCCGAGUCUGUGGCGGCACCGCCCCCUACUCCAAACUCUCCUUCUCAGCAGGGGCAUUCUCCUCCGUCUGCUUUCUCGAUCACCACCCGCUCUAAUAACCACGGUGGCCCAACCUCAAGCACAACUAGCGAUGCCGAUGCCGAUGGUGGUGGUAGUGGUAGUGGUGGUAGUGGUAGUAGUGGUAAUGAUACCAAACCCGUUCACACCCGGUAUAAAACCCUCGCCGCCAGUCUAGCCUCCAUCGCCCGUCGUGCCUCAGAACGAGAUGCAGCCAUGAUGCUUAUGCACAUGCACAUGCGCGGGCAUGAUACCGGUGAUACCGGUGAUGAUGGUGAUGAUGAUGGUGAUGACGAUGGUGAUGACGAUGGUGAUGACGAUGGUGAUGACGGUGAUGAUUCUAAUGGGGAGGAGGAGGAGGGGGAGGAGGAGGGUUGUGUUGGUCUUGGUGGUAAGAAAGCUAUUGCUGCUGGGGGUUGGGGGGGAUGUGAGGGUGAUGGGGAUAUCGAGCGGGAGAAGGAUAAAGACAGGAAGAAGAAGAAGAAGAAGAGUGGGGAGAGUGGUCGGAGUCGGUCUGGAGGUGCGGCUGCGGGUGUGGUGGGUGAUACGAUUUGUGUUCGGAUGCCACAGCUGUCGUCGUUUUCGCGCGGGGAAGGGGGUGGGAGGGAUACUGAUGUUGAUGUUGAUGUUGAUGUUGGUGUUGAUGUUGAGAGGGGUGAGCGUGGGUCUGGGGUUUCGUCGUCUCGGGGGAUGGUGGCUGGACCGAGGACGAGGUCGAAGAAGCGGAGGACUUUGGAGCGGUAG